GAUUAUUUGCUUGCCAUUUCUCAUUGCAAACCUACCAUUUAGCAAUGGAAUCAUAAGUGACAACCUGCUCAUUAGCAGUCAAUCUAGUUCUAUUAUUACACACUUAAGUAACAACAGAACAAUAAAAAAUGACAUAUCGUCAACUGUGUGUCUCUUAGCAAAAUCUUGCCUGGUUAGCAGCUUAUCAUUAGCUAAUAGCCACAAAAAGAUAUGGGUUAUGUGGGGCAUAGUCCGCUGCCAUAUUGCAGGAGCAUCCAUAGGUGUAACCACUCUAAACUAUGGCAUAACUAUAUCUAACAAAGUACUCCCUCCGUCCUUAAAAGAGUGCACUUCCAACUUUGUUGGAAAGUCAAAUUUUUUUAUGUUUAACCGUGUUUAUACAAUAAUACACCAACAUUUAUAACAUCAAAGUAGUAGCUUUAGAUUCAUGAUAAAAUAUAUUUUCAUCAUAUACCUAUUUGAUUUCACAAGCAUUGAUAUAUUUUUGCACAAACUCAGUCAAACAUUGACCAAGUGUUGCAGCGUCAGAUUUGAUUGACUACUUAGUAGCGCACCAAGUUGGCCCAUCGAUCGACCGGCAGCCAGCUAAGCUGGGAAGAACUCUGCGCGCGAAUCAAUGGGGCGGAGCCGAUCAUCCCAACGCCGAGAAAUCGUGUCAAACGGCAGACACGCUCGUUUGCCACAACCUCGUCCGCGAUUAAUAAACAAGCUUGAGGAUUCAGAUGGAGCAUUGUUAUGCCUAAUAGCAGGAACCUGCACACUGGCCAGCAGCGUCGGCAAUUUCCAAUUGUUUUCAUUAAGUGAGCAUGGUCUUACCAACAAAGAAUACUAUGAGUUGGUAACUGGCACAAUGGAGGUUGCUAUUUGCUACCCUUAUAUAUUUCUGAAAUUGCAUGAGUUCGUGCCCAAUCUCCUUCCGACGACGGCUGCACUGGCGCCAUUGAAGUCGUGGCUCGCGUGCCGUCCUAACGUCCGGAUUUUCAGAGACACAGCCGUUCUUGUGAUUAUAUCUUAUCUGCUAUUACUGGGCAUCAACUUGAGCUUCGCUUGGCUCGCCAUCUUUCCAGUCAUGGCCAUUGUUUUCAUACGAGCGUUGUACUUGAAACUUAAUCGCCGUAGAGUAACACCAAGAUCUUCUAACGUCGAUGAGAAGUUCGUCAAGACACCUGUGGAGCUUCAGAUUAUGGUGGUGGCGACAUUCGGGGCGCUCUUGGUGAUGGAUCAACUCGACGACGAUGCAGCUGUGGGGUUCUCCAUCUCCCAAUUCCUCCUGUUCCUGAGCUCCAUGGUGGCGGCACUGACGCGAAUGAUGAUGAAGCUGCCCGCUGACCCUUUCCCGGGCAGCGCACCUGCGUCAGAGUUGCUCCACAAGACCUUGCUUAUCCUCCUGCUGGUGACGGUGCACACGGUGGCCGUGGAGUGGCUGGGCGAGGACGUGGUUCUGUUCUGCAUGCCGGAGGUCGCCCCGGUGCUUCUCUGGUUCAUCCUUCACCUUGACCGCCCACGCCACAGCCCGCUCAUCAGCGUCGACAAGAUGAAGCCAUACAUGAAAGAGAUCAUCGCCCUGUGUGCACUGGUGGCAGCUCCUCUUUUCGCAUACCUGGUGAACUCCAUGGAUGUUUCUGGGCUCUCCUGGUGCACGAGGAUAAUGGUGUCAUGUGGCGUCUCAGGGGUUCUGACCUACUACCUGGUGUUCAUGCUACACCACUGGACAUGGCCGGGGCGAAAACAAGCUGGCAGAAGCAAGGAUGAUGUGCCUUCCUCCGGCAUGCUCAAGUUUUGGGCAGAGGCUUUACUCGUGGCGGCUGCAUUGCUGCUGGUGCUAAGGUAUCUGGUUUCUGUCCGGCUUGGUCUACAACAAUCACUGGUUGGUACACUCUGUCGAAAUGUGCAGCGACUAUGAUAGUACACUAGUAUUUGCUUGCUUGUUCCGUGUUUGGUUGGAGAUAGCUAACCGGGCAUGCCGCUCGGUACUAGUAUUUGCUUGUUGUGCAUAUGUUGUAGUACUAUGUGUUGUUAGGCCUCAGCCGCCAUGCCUGUGGUUGUAGAGAUUUUCAAGCAUUGCUCACGAGUCACGACGAAAUGCCACUGGAAAUGUGCCUUGCGGAUUUGUCACGGAAAGUUAGAAGCAACAUUGGCUAUGUUGUGUUUA